CGGGACAUUGUAUGCAAUUCUAUAAUGUAGUGCUACUUUAACUAUUUGCAGACAAACUGUAGCCUAAUCAUAUUAUGUUAAUGGUGAUUAUAGAAUACCUGCUAUGCAAGGCACGCAUCAGUAGGGGGAUAACAACUCCUCCAGCUUGAGUGGGGAGCGACAGAGCAGAAGCAGACAAGGAAUGAGUGCGCUGCUUUCUCAUCGGCUCUAAACUCCCGCGGUUUCGCUUGUUGUAUGCAGGCAAGAGUUCAGUCGCCAGCAGUCUCCUGCGCAAUCAACUAAAAGAAGGGGGGCAACAUGACCAUUGCAAUUGUUGAAAUUUCCGCCUGCAGCUGUUUAUAGCAGUCUGUAAAUUGUAAAGUCUGUGAUUUGGUUCACAGAUUGAUGUUACUCUGAGGCGCCGAAAGCACCCGAGAGAACCUCUUACUUUCAACUUGCCUUUACGGGGAUCUGUAAUCAUGGUGGUUAUUGUGUUGGUGCACAAGGCGAUGUUCGACUCCAUUGUGUUUUUCAUCGGCGUGGGCAUAGUCGCCAAGCUAGCAGUCGCCCAGAAUGACACGGAACCCAUAGUCCUGGAGGGCAAAUGCCUGGUGGUUUGUGACUCUAAUCCCGCCACAGAUUGGAAAAGCUCUUCUUCUCCACUUGGCAUCUCAGUGCGCGCCGCAAAUUCCAAGGUGGCUUUUUCUGCAGUGAGAAGCAACAACCACGAACCAUCAGAAAUGAGCAACAAAACGAGAAUAAUAUACUUCGACCAAAUCCUUGUCAACAUUGGAAACUAUUUCACUUUAGAAUCUGUGUUUCUGUCCCCACGGAAAGGGAUCUACAGUUUCAACUUCCAUGUUAUUAAAGUGUACCAGAGCCAGACCAUACAGGUGAACUUAAUGUUAAAUGGAAAGCCUGUAAUCUCCGCCUUUGCUGGCGACAAAGACGUGACACGUGAAGCUGCCACUAACGGAGUCCUGCUAUACCUGGACAAAGAGGACAAGGUCUACUUGAAGUUGGAGAAGGGCAAUCUAGUGGGCGGGUGGCAAUACUCCACCUUCUCUGGCUUUCUAGUGUUCCCCCUGUAAAGAAAAGCACAUACACAAAACAAACGCACUCUAUUUAUCCAGUGUGUCAUCAUUGUGUAACCAAUACCUCCCACACUGACUGGAUCCAAAACGGAUACUUGUCCUCAGACUGCUGUGAGAAGAAACAAGCAGACAAUGUCAUCUUAGGCAAAAAGAUAAGGAAAACAAACAAGCAUACCCCUCUUUUGAACAAUACAUCUAAAAACAGAGUUCAUCGCUGCUUUCACUGCUUAUACAGAGCAUUCAAAAGAAGAAAAGAAAUGUGUGAUAUCUAUCUAUCUAUCUGUCCUGGAGCUCUGUGCUUAUAUGUUGUCCGCUUCACUUGUGUGUCUGUGGAGGUGGGAGUUGCUUCUGCAGCAUGUGUGGCGCAGCUUCAAAACAACCAGAGUUUUCUGUCAUCGCAUAUUUAUAGAAAUAUGCCUCACUCGUGAAGACAUAAGAUCCUUCAGGUUUGGUCACUCUUACUAUAUACGUAGGAUUCCACCUGACAUGUAAGAAAGAAGUGGACAGCAAAAUAUCGUAAGUGACAGAACUAAUACAACUAAUUACCAGUUAUAAGAAGUGCACAAAAUGUUUUAGGUAAUUGGUUCUUUUACAUUCGAAUAUACCCACAAAACACCUAUAUAAUAUGCUCUAUGUGUCUGUUUAUGUUAGACUUUGUGGUCGCAUGUCUCCAUUUGUCACCCAGUCAACACAGGCUCACACACAUGAUCCAACACCAAACACAAUUACUUCAAAUUGGAUCAACUUUGUAAUCUGUUGAGGAUAAUUGAUAUAUUGGGACAUUGGGAUUCUGACCAGACACCUAGAGUUGACAGUAAUGCCACACUAUCUUCAUGACCUCAGUAAUGCACAGCGACACUUAUACAUAUAAUUAGUUGAUAUGGCAGCUGCUAGAGAGUAUUUAGAAGAUAUUUUCUGCGAAGCACACCAUCAGCCUAUAUAUAAUCAAGAGUCCUCCCCCUAUUUUAAUAUUGCUGCUUGCUAUUUCUGUAAUGACGUGUUGGCACCCAGCCAGAGAGCAGUGAUGAAGCUGGAGAAGCUUGAGCUCCAGAGUGGCCAUGGAAGUGAUGCUCACAUGACCACAUGAGCUCAACCAGGCAGAGCUGCCACUGUAGCCACUUGACACUUAACAGUUCUCUGCUAAUAUGAAACCACAAUUUAUGUUAAAAUGAUGUUUAUGGAAGCAUGUUUUCAUGGAAGUUUACCACAGCUACGUUUUGCCAUUAUGUUAGUGAAGUCCUUCAUAAAAGUACCGUAUUUUCCGGACUAUAAGUAUAUAUAACAUAUAUAUAUAUGUUGCACCUGAGUCGCAGGACCAGCCAAACUAUGAAAAAAAGUGCAACUUAUAAUCCGCAUAAUACGGUAGGUGUAUGUUGACAAAUGAUUUGAGCCAGAUUCACAAAGAAUAAUAUACACAGUGAUUACAAUUUUUAUUGAUGGCAUUUAUACCAUCGCUUGAAGCAUUUUAUUCUGUAUAGUGCUGAACACUGAAAAUGGCACAGACUACAACUGAAUUCACGCACAGUUCGCUAGCAGUGGUCACACAUAGGUUUAUUUGCCUCUGAAUGUUUUUCUCUGUCACUUGUGUCACAUAGUUUAUGACAACUGAGGUCCAUGAAUAGUCUCAGAUAGUUACUUAGCCUGAGGUGGCUGUGUUGUUCGGAAUGUUCCUGAUGUUCUGGAUUCCCUUGUGGAGAUGACGUGUCUGUGCUAAGCUCACCUGCAAAUCUUAAAAAAUACAAGAGAGCAGGAGGUUUUAAUUUGUGGCAUAUUUCAUUUAUUCUCUGUAACAUGGUUUACAUAUCAUUUGCAGUCUUUCUCCAUUUCACUGUUUUUUUCUUUUACAUACCUCAGUGCAUGAUGCAAACAUGUUUGACAAUCAUUUAAAAAAUACUAUUGGUCAAGAUCCUUGGAAACCAAUCAAAUGUGUAUCCAUACAGAUGCUGAUUAAAAAAAACAGUUGUUUCAUCCAUUCUGAUUCAUGCUGUAUUUCAGUGAGAAAGAAUGUCAGGAACAGAGGGACACAUUGGCAUAACUAUUUUGAUCUAAUUUGAUUGAAAGACUUUUAAUCUUUUUCAUAAAAAGAAGAGAUUGACAUCCUGGACAUUUGGCUAGUAAUGCAAUGGAUUAUGUUAAUUAUACAUUAAAGAUAUAAUAAUAUACAAUGUUACAAUACACUCCUACUUUAAUGUAACACAAAAAGUCAAAAAGAAAGAAAAAAACAUUUUUGUCACUAAGCACUUUUUCAGUGUAAUUUACAUAAUGUUACUCUUACCUUUUGAAACACGUCUUAGGGGUCCAAACAACAUGAAAGCGACUAUGUUCUAACUGGAUAAUAUUUAUAGUGUCACUCUAAACUAGUCUUUGCACAUGUGUUUGGGUGCAAAAAUGUCAAGAUCUGGAGCACCAUAUCUUGGAUAUGGAUUUCUGUUUGGAUGUAGGUUUGCAAUAAUAAGUCAUUACAUAUUGUGUUCUGUCUAUUAUGCGUAUGUGUUUUGGUGUUGUUGUUGUCAUUUCUUCAGUGCUCUCUCAUCUAGCAGAUGCAUAGUUUUCACUAAAGCCUCCACUUUGAUUUGCCACCACUGGGAAUUCUCCUCGACCAUCUUGAAAAGUUUUGAAAAGACUUGUUGUCCAGUUUGCCAUUUUAACAAAAUGAUAACCGUACCUUACUGAUAAAUUGAGAGCAUCAUCUAUACUACUAACAUGGGCUAUAACUUUGGACAGUACUUGCAUUUUGUUCAUAGGUACCUGUGCUUCAAAUGGAAAUAUCAGUGUACUCCCUUAUACUGGCAUGUGUAUUGGCCAGUAUCAGCAAAUCAUUAAGUAUUACAUUCUGAGUUUCUACAGUGAAUUAAAGAUAGAUAUAGCUGAUGCUCAUAACACAGAUUUCUUAACUCAAAGGUAUAAUCAUUCAUCAGACUAUGAAAUUUAUGAUAUAUGGUAAUAAUAAGAACAUUUGAUACUACAUUGUGUGGUAUUAUGUAUUUAUGUGGAGGGGGGCUUCUAAUAAUUCUCUUUAAAUGGGAGAGAUUGAGUACAGAUGGGAGAGAUUGAGUACAGAUGGGGGAGAUUGGAGAGAUUGAGUACAGAUGGGGGAGAUUGAGUACAGAUUGGAGAG